ACAUUAUUUAGUGAUUUUAAAACAAUUUUAAACAAUGUGUGACUUAUUAAAUGUAAAUCGUGCAGCUGUUUUAAAAUUAUUUAAUAAAUCGGAACAAAGUGUUAAAAAUGAUUUAAAAAUUUUACGUGAAUGGUUAAAACAUCAACCACAUUUACCAGAAAUUGAUGAUGCACGGUUAGAACGUUUAUUAGUACAACGAAAAUUUAGUAUAGAGCGAGCAAAACAAACAAUAGAUGCUCACUUCACAAUACGGGACCAAGCACCCGAAUUAUUUGAGAAUAGAGAUCCAACUAGUGAUGAAUUAAAAAAAUCCUUCCGAAUGAUUUCAUGGAUACCAUUAAAGGAUCAAAAUGACCAGUAUCAACGUCCAUUUAUUGCUAAAAUAUUUGCUGAAGAUCCAAAAGACAUAGAUAGUACUGCACAUAUUAAAUAUAAUUUCAUUAUGCAGGAUAUUAUGUUACAUCAUGAUUAUUCGAAUGGAUCACAUUUAAUUUUUGACCUUAAGGAUCUUAAAUUAGUAUAUAUGACAAUAUUUUCACCAGCAAUAUUAGCCAAAUCACUAAAAGUACAUAUGGAAGCAUAUGGUUUACGAAUCGCCGGAUUACACAUAGUAUUUCCACCUCCAUUCAUUGACGCAGUUCUUGGAGUAAUAAGAUCUCUAUUAAAAGAAAAAUUACUUAAAAGAGUUCAUAUACACAAAGAUCUCGAAUCCUUACAUAAAAUAAUACCAAAGAAAAUUUUACCAAAAGAUUACGGUGGCGAAGCCGAUGAACUUCUAAAAAUACGCGAUGAUUGGGAAAAACACAUCGAAACAUGGCGACCAUGGUUAAUAAAAGAAUCAAAAGUACGUGUCGAUGAAAGUAAACGACCCAAAGAAUCAAAAACACCAAAUCUUUUAGGUUCAAUACACGGUACUUUUAAGAAAUUAGACAUUGACUGAAUGCGAAUAAUUCAUAAAAAUGGUAUGAUCAGGGGAAUAUGGCUAGUCAUAUAAAAUGGUCAUUUAAAAUAUUUUACUGAUCGUCAAAAACUAAUUUCAUGUGUUCACAGUUACCAUAUUCUUGUUUUAACUUAAUUUUAAUUUAAACUGUGAUUAAUAAAAGUUCUAAGUAAGAGUUAAGACGGCAAUUACUACCUCCCACAAGGAAAGUGACACAAUUCGAAAAGUUCUAAGUCUGUGACACUUUUCUUGUAGAGAGAGAAAUAAGCAAUUCAUGACAAUUUAAUUGGACUUUAAAUGCUCAUUUUGAUAGGGUUGGAAUCAAAACUAUUUACUAAUCACCUUCUUGCAUUAGGGUGCUUUUUAAAGCUGACAUAUGCUUGAAAAUCGAUAAUUAAAUUUAAUCGACGAAAACGUUACAAGCGCAAAAUUUCAGUUUCAAAGGUACAUAUCUUAU